CCACAGCAGCGCUGCUUUGACUGACGGACAGAUCAGCGCAUCAACACACUGGAGCUCUACAGUAGAGUGGAGAGAAAGAAUGGCAGCCAAUCCAUGUGACCAUCUCCUCACCUUGGUUGCUCCUCAACACCUUCUCAUUGUCAUGAUUCAAUGGCAUCAUAUCGCCCGCCUCUGUCUCCGGACACAUGAGGAGAAACUGGAUCAUUUUCCCACGGCACACCUGUCACUGUCGCUCGGCUCACUUGAGUGCCGCGGCACCCCGGUUAGAUACACUGUCGAUCACACCGUCAGCGCAAGCUCUUCUGACCAGCCAGCACCACGACAACAACAAGGAACGAGACUGAGAGCCGCAGUAGCGGCAGGGUUUUAGCAUAGCAACAAGCUAAGCAGGCGACACGAAUCACGCGGAUUUUCCGGCGUUUCGACGCAGAAACUUCAGCCCGAUGUGCUCAGACAAACGGCAGGUCAAGGUCAGCGGCACUAACUGGUCCUGGUGUUGACUUGCUGUGACGUGAACACCGUUCGUGCAGAAACAUGAACGGAGUUCGGCAACAGUCAAGUCGCGGCGCGCCUCAGGCCUCGCUAUGGACAUGAAAGGACUCUCGCUCGGUCCGCUCCUCUCCGUGACGCACACUUCACUCACAUGUUGUUGAAUUUGAACAGGUCGUCGCAGGUGAACAGCCUCAGUGUUGUCAUGUCGACAGGACGUGUGGCCGGAUGCUGACGCCAGCGCCCCUGCUGGAGGGGAGGCCCAGCAGCAGACUCCUCCCCUGCGUGUCAGUGGGCGGGGCCUGGGCCUCUGGCGUGAAGGCAGCGGCCGGGCGUCGGCACAAGUCCGACCUCGCUGGCUCGUGCUCAUGGAUCGUCUCCAGACCUGCGCCUUCCUCGGACUCCUGGCUCUGACUGCGGCCCAGAGGUGAGACCCGGGCUGGACCUCUGACUGAGGUCAUGAGCGUUGAUGCACAGGUUGGUGAGAGGGUGAGCUCAGAGCUUCUGCUCCAGUUGUGACGCUGGUCCAGGCUCGUGUCUGGGACCCGGUCCUCUGGCUUCAGCAGGAGCAGCCUCCUGACACGAGGGCCACUCUUUGCUGCUGCCGCUGGGGUCAGAAGGAGGCGGAGCUCUGGUCCUGCAACUUCCUUCCUUUAGAGCAACAGGUCAUGAGACAAGCAUGGUGAUGAAGAUGAUAAAGAUGAUGAUGAAGGUGAUGAUGAUGAAGAUGUGAGGGUGAAGAUGAUGAUGAUGAUGAUGAUGAAGGUGGUGAUGAAGAUGAUAAAGAUGUGAUGAAGAUGAUAAAGAUGAUGAUGAUGAUGAAGAUGUGAUGAAGAUGAUGAUGAUGAUGAAGAUGAUAAAGAUGUGAUGAUGAAGAUGAAGAAGGUGAUAAUGAUGAUGUGAUGAAGAUGAUAAAGAUGAUGAUGAUGAUGAUGAAGAAGAUGAUGAUGAAGGUGAUGAUGAUGAUGAAGAUGUGAUGAAGAUGCUAAAGAUGAUGAUGAAGAUGUGAUGAAGAUGGUGAUGAAGAUGAUAAAGAUGAUCAUGAUGAUGAUGAAGGUGAUGAUGAUGAUGAAGAAGAUGAUGAUGAUGAAAGUGAUGAUGAUGAUGAAGAUGGUGAUGAUGAUAAAGAUGAUGAUGAAGGUGAUGAUGAUGAAGAUGUGAGGGUGAAGAUGAUGAUGAUGAUGAUGAAGGUGGUGAUGAAGAUGAUAAAGAUGUGAUGAAGAUGAUAAAGAUGAUGAUGAUGAUGAAGAAGAUGAUGAUGAAGAUGUGAUGAAGAUGAUAAAGCUGAUGAUGAUGAUGAUGAAGAAGAUGAUGAUGAAGGUGAUGAUGAUGAUGAAGAUGUGAUGCAGAUGAUAAAGAUGAUGAUGAUGAUGAUGAAGAUGUGAUGAAGAUGGUGAUGAAGAUGAUAAAGAUGAUCAUGAUGAUGAAGAAGAUGAUGAUGAAGGUGAUGAUGAUGAAGAUGUGAUGAAGAUGGUGAUGAAGAUGAUGAUGAUGAUGAAGAAGAUGAUGAUGAAGGUGAUGAUGAUGAAGAUGUGACGAAGAUGAUAAAGAUGAUGAUGAUGAUGAUGAUGAAGGUGAUGGUGAUGAAGAUGGUGAUGAUGAUGAUGAAGAUGAUGAUGAUGAAGAUGUGAGGGUGAAGAUGAUGAUGAUGAUGAUGAAGGUGAUGAUGAUGAAGAUGAAGAAGGUGAUAAUGAUGAUGAUGAUAGUGAUGAUGAUGAUGGUGAUGAUGAUAGUGAUGAUGAUAGUGAUGAUGGUGAUGAUGAUGAUGAUAAUGAUGAAGAUGAUGAAGAUGAUGAAGAUGAUGAAGAUGAAGAUUAUAAAGAUGAUGAAGGUGUCAUCCCCAUGAUGGUCCUCAGUCUCCCCGCUCCGGCCCAGUACCUGCUCUUGGCCCCUGGAUCUGUGAAGGCCGACCUGCCCACCACUCUCUCUGUCACCAUCCUGAUGGAUGCUGCCGUCACCGUCUCCGCUCGGAUGGUCCAGGAAAACCAGGUCUUGUCCCAGAGCUGGAUCACGGUGGCCUCAGGUUCCACUGAACUGCUGGUUCUUCCUCCGGUGGACCACAACCAGAACCGGUCCACACACGUGGACUCUGUCAAGCUGCAGGUCAAAGGUCACGUGGGGAAUCGGACCGUGUUCAUCAAUGAGACCACGCUGACCUUUGACCCUCGGGCGGUGUCGCUGCUGGUCCAGACGGACAAAGGCGUGUACCUGCCGGGCCAGCUGGUGAGGUUCCGGGUCCUGUCCCUCCAUGUGACCGGCAAGCCCGACAGCGGCCCGGUGGACUUGGGCAUCACGGACCCCAGGGGGGCGCUGAGGCGCCAGUGGCUGUCGCUGCCCACAGUCCAGGGAGUCCUGUCCAGAGAGUUCCAGCUCCCCGAACACCCCCUGGAGGGCGAGUGGCGCAUCACAGCCAGCGCCCGGGGCGGCUCCAGUGAGAAGCGCUUCACCGUGAGCCGCUACGUGCUGCCCAAGUUUGCUGUAGAGCUGCAGCUUCCUGCCAUCAUCCACCGCGACGACACGCUGGCGGCGUCCGUCCGUGCCCACUACUCGUUUGGGAAGCCUGUGGUGGGCGGAGUCAACAUCUCCAUCCUGCACGUGGUGGAGGGCCAUGAGGAGGAGCACCACCUCCACAAACAGAUCCACGGCGUCGUCCACUUCCACUUCCAAAUCCCCGACUUGGGCCCCAUGUGGAGGCGGGACGUGGGGCGGCUGCGGUGGGACCACCUGCUGGUCACGGCUCACGUGACUGAAGAGCUGACAGGUCUCCGCUCCCACGCCUCAGCGGACGUCUCUGUCACCCACCACAGAUACUCCGUUGGCUUCCUGGACCCGCCCCAAGUUCUGAGGCCCUCCAUGGACUUUGUCGUCAUGGUGAAGGUCUCCACUUAUGACCACCGGCCACUGUCCACGGAGGACCAGGAGAAGACGGUCCAGGUGUCGGUGGUCCAGAGCAGAGGGCUGUUUAUGGGCGGGUCCCCAGCACUGGUCCAGACCCGAGACCUGGAGCUUCCUGUUCCGGCAGACGGCCUGGUCCCACUUCAUGUCCUGAUCUCCAAUGAAACGGAGGUUCUGAUCAUUGACGUGGCGUUUGAGGACGCCACCGCCGACCUGCACGUCUAUGCCGGCCACCUGUCGCCCAGUGGCUCCUACCUGCAGAUCCUGCGGCCCAGAGAAGCGCCCAGGGUCGGCCUGCCGCUGCAGCUGAAGGUCCGGAGCAACUUCAACGUGACUGCAACCCGCUUCCUGGUCCAAUCCAGAGGCUUGAUCGUGGCCAGCGGCGCCACCUCCGCCGAGCUGGUUCUGAUCCCGGAGGCGUCCUGGGGCCCGCGGGCCUGCAUCAUCGUCUUUUGUGUCCGAGACGACGGCGAAGUGGUCAGCGAUGAGAUACAGCUGCUGGUCACGCACGUCUUACAGAACCAGGUGUCUCUGGCCUGGAGCCAGGCUUCUGCCGAACCGGCCGACGAGGUCACGCUGAAGAUCUCCACCACGCCGCGGUCUCUGGUGGGACUCCUGGUGGUGGACCAGGCCACUGAAUGGGUCGGACCACGGAGCCACAUCACGGAGGAGCUGGUUCUGAAGAAACUGGAGGAGCAUGGCCUUUUCAAGGACCAGUCAUACGAUGAGAUGAAGGGAGAGCCCAAGUCUGUGUUUGGGACGUGUGGCAUCGUGGCUCUGACUGAUGCAGCUCUACCCAGAGGUCACCAGAGACCCCUUCACUACCUGAUGGACAUGGACCUGCAGGAACAGGAAGAAGUGAGAGUGCGGAGGAACUUUCCAGAAACCUGGCUCUGGGAGGACGUGGAUUCGGGGAGCUCUGGCUCGCUGGAGAUGAAGGUGACUGUUCCAGACAGCAUCACCACCUGGGUCGCCACCGCCUUCGUCAUGUCUGAAGAACUGGGCCUGGGUCUGGUGCAGGAACCUGCCGAGUUGACCGUCCUCCAGGACUUCUUCUUGUCCCUCAAUAUUCCCGCCUUCAUCACCCGCGGCGAAGAAUUUGUUCUGGAGGUGGUUCUGUUCAACUUCCAGAUGCAGGACGUGCAGGCCCUGGUUGUCGUGGCCGAGAGCGACGCCUUCCAGUUCGUCUUCCCGGACAGCGAGGACCUGCUGGUGCCGACCGUUCGGCAGGUUCCGGUCCGGAGUCAGAGCGGAGCCUCCGUGCUGGUCCCCAUCAGGCCACUGGUCCUGGGCCAGAUGCUGGUCUCUGUGUCAGCUAGCACCACCUCCACCUCUGACCUGGUGACCCGGACGGUCCUGGUCAAGGCUGAAGGGCUGGAGCGCAGCUUCUCCUCGUCCCUGCUGCUGGACGUCUCCUCCAUGGUUUCCAGACACGUCUCCUUCUCCUUCCCCCCCGACACUGUUGAGGACAGCAAGAGAGCCUGGGUCUCCAUCACGGGCGACGUCUUCGCUCUGACGGCCAGCGGCCUGGAGAACCUGGUCCAGAUGCCCAGCGGCUGCGGGGAGCAGAACAUGAUCCGCUUGGCACCAAACGUCUACGUGCUGCAGUACCUGAGCGAGACGGGUCGGAGCGACCCGGCACUGACGGAGCGGGCGCUUCACAACACGCUGAAAGGCUACGAUCGCCAGCUGCUGUACCAACGGGAGGACGGCUCCUUCAGUGCCUUCGGGGACCAGGACCGGGCCGGAAGCUCCUGGCUCACGGCCUUCGUGCUCAGAUGUUUCCUCCAGGCGCGGACGUUCGUCCCCGUGGACUGGGACGUGCUGCGGCGAGCGGCGCUAUGGUUGGGCCUCCAGCAGGGGGCGGACGGGAGCUACCUGGAGCCCGGCCGGGUCAUACACACGGAGCUGCAGGGCGGCCUGGACAGCAGGGUGGCGCUGACCGCCUACAUCGCCGUGGCACUGCUGGAGGACUCCCAGGUCCAGGCACAGCACUGGCAGCAGGUGUCGCAGGCUCUGUCCUACCUGGAGACCCAGCGGCUCCUGGGCGUCUCCAGCAGCUUUGCUCUCUGCCUGCUGACCUACGCCCUCAGCCUGGGAGGAAGUGGGAGCGCGGUCGAUGCACUGGACCAGCUGACCGGCCGCGCCCAGAUGACGGAUGGAGUUCCUUUUUGGCCAACGCCCACUGGUGGUCUAUCGGCGUCAUGGCAGCCGUCGGCUCUGCAGAUCGAGAUGGUUUCCUACGUGCUGCUGAGUCAGCGGCGGCUGGGUCUGCUGGCGGAGGGCGUGGCCCUCCUGAAGUGGCUGAGUCAGCAGAGGAACCCCGACGGAGGCUUCGUCAGCACCCAGGACACCGUCGUGGCGCUGCAGGCCAUGGCAGCGUGGGGCUCGCUGCAGGGCGCCGCGGACCAGGACGUGCAGGUGGUGGUGAGCGGCGGCGGCGGCGUGGAGCUCGCCUCCUUCCACGUGCAGCAGAGCGAUGCCCUGCUGCUCCAGCGCCAGCAGAUCCACCCGGACCUUCUGGACCUGCAGGUCACCGCAGAGGGGUGGGGCCUCGUCCUGUUUCAGCUCAACGUGUUCUACCACCAGCGCGGCGCCGAGGAGAGCCGCCAGCGCCGAGACGUGGGCGAGCCCUUUCACCUGAGGGUGGAGCUGGAGGACAAGCAGGAGACUCAGCAGGCUCGGCUUCACAUCUGCAGCAGUCUCUCCCAGGCUGCGGGGCUGAAGGCCACGGGCAUGGUCCUGCUGGAGGUGGCGCUGCUGAGCGGCUUCAGUCUGGUGAGGGAGGAGGUCCAGCUGAGUGAGGUGCUGAAGAAGGUGGAGGUCCAGACCGGGAAGGUGGUGGUGUACCUGGACUCGGUGACGCAGGUGGAGACGUGUGUUCUGCUGCCGCUGCUGCUGGAGUCCAAGGUGGCUAAGGUCCAGGAGGCCGCUGUUCUGGUCUACGACUACUACGAACCAAGACGCCGGGCCGUGGCCUGGUACCAGUCCGAAUGGAGACAGGAACUUUCUCCGUGCUCCUUCUGUGGACAGGACUGCCGUGGCUGCCGGGCUCCGCCCCAGAACCGGGCUCCUGAAGCGGACCCACUGACCCGGCGACUGGCUGCCCUGAUGCUGGCUGCAGCUGCAGCACUCACCCGCUGA